AUGAGAGCCUCCUCAUACUUCUCUUGGGCCUUCCUGCUGUCGCCCAUCUGGGCUGCCCCAGUUUCGGAGCCAGCCAGCGAGAUUUCCGCCAGGCAAAACAGCUUCACGGACUACGCCUAUGUUUAUUUCACGGGCGAAGGCCUCUCCAACGGCGAACAGGUCUAUAUGGCUGUCAGCAACAACAAUGACCCCAACCAAUGGACGACACUCAAGAACGGUCAGCCUUAUCUGACCAGCAACAUCGGUACCAAGGGUAUUCGUGACCCUUCACUGAUCGUUGCGCCGGAUAGGAGCAAGUUCUGGAUCAUCGCCACCGACCUCAAAGUCAACGGUCUUCCAGGAGGCUGGUCCAACACCGACAUGACAACCAAGGGCUCCAAGUCCAUCGUCGUCUGGGAGUCCACCAACCUCCGCAACUGGUCUGGCCCCCGUCUCGCCAAGGUGUCUCCCGACAAUGCGGGCAUGACCUGGGCUCCUGACGCCAUCUGGGAUCCCGCCCGUAAUGCCUUUAUGGUGUACUGGACCUCAAACGUCGUCUCUACCGCCAACGGCAUCACGGCCGGGUGGAAGAUCCUCCGCUGCUAUACCAAUGACUUUGUGACCUUCACCAACCCUGAACAGUACAUUACUGGGUACGGCAUGGAUAACACCAUCAUUGCCGGCGACAACGGACAGUUCUAUAUGAUCAGCAAGAACGGACCGAACGAGCUGAUCCAGCAGAACGUGGCGUACAAUGGACUGUCGGGAGGAUGGCAGAAGGUCUCGGAGAACAUUGGACAGGGCUCGUUGCCAGCUGGCGAGGGACCGUUGAUCUUCAGGGACAACAAGGACCGCAACAAGUGGCAUCUCUGGAUCGACAACUACACCAAGGGAUCUGGAUAUAUGCCGUUCGAGACAUACAACAUUGCCGGCGGUCAAUGGUCCAGGACGCAGAGCUACAAGCUCCCGGCCAACCCACGCCACGGUUACGUGAUUCCCAUCACCGCCGCCGAAAGAAGUGCCUUGGCCUCUUAA